CACAACUUCAAACCUAUGAUUAAGGUAAAAGCAUUGGGUAACCUAACCAGCACUAAAAAACCAACGCGCCUGAGAAAAGUAGCAUCUAUGUCGCGUCCACUUCUCUAUCCUUUCUAUCUUCUUUUUUGCUUCUUCUCCCUUCUCUCAGGGAUCCAAUCUGACGACCUUCAAAUUCUCAUGAAACUAAAAUCUACCCUUCUUCAAACAUCAAACACUACUGCCUUCAUUUCUUGGGAAUCCAGCAAUUCCAUGUGCAAUUUCACUGGAAUCAACUGCAACUCAGGCGGUUUUGUUACAGAAAUCGAACUUUCAUACCAAAAUUUAACUGGGAUUCUUCCUCUUGAUUCCAUAUGCCAGCUCCAAUCACUAGAAAAGCUCUCAUUCGGGUUCAACUACUUGCACGGUCCAACUAUGGACGACUUGAAAAAUUGUGUCAAACUGCAAUACUUGGAUUUGGGCAACAAUUUGUUCACAGGAUGGUCGGUUCCAGAAAUAUCCUCUCUAAGCCAAUUACGGUAUCUACAUCUGAAUGCAAGCGGAUUUUCCGGGACUUUCCCAUGGAAAUCACUCCAAAACAUGACCGGUCUUGUUCGGCUAAGCCUCGGAGACAAUCCUUUUAAACCUUCUCCAUUUCCAAACGAGGUGUUGCUGCUUACUAACUUGACUUGGCUUUACCUAUCAAACUGCGGCAUCCAAGGUACAAUUCCAGCAGAGAUUGGAAACCUUAAAGAGCUAAUCAACUUGGAGCUUGCCGACAAUAACAUGACGGGGGAAAUCCCAGUUGAGAUUGGGAACCUAGUCAACCUGUGGCAGCUUGAGCUCUACAACAAUUCAUUAACAGGAAAACUUCCUAUCGGUCUAAGAAACCUCACAAAGCUUGAAAUGUUUGAUUCUUCAAGGAACUAUCUUGAAGGAGAUCUAUCCGAGUUGAGGUUCUUGAAUAACCUGGUUUCUCUGCAUCUAUUUGAAAACGAGCUAUCUGGCCAGGUACCGGCCGAGUUCGGCAAGUUCACAAAGCUUGAGAACUUUUCUUUGUACGGGAACAACUUCAUAGGUCCACUGCCUCCAAAUCUUGGGUCUUGGGCUAAAAUCAAUUACAUCGACAUCGCUGCGAAUUUCUUUACCGGUCCAAUUCCACCAGAUAUGUGCAAGCAAGGUACUAUGAAGUGGCUUUUCAUGUUUGAGAACUAUCUCACCGGUGAAAUUCCAGCAAGUUAUGCCAAUUGUUCCACUUUACGUCGUUUUAUGGUCAACAAUAACUCACUCUCGGGUGAAGUUCCUAUUGGAAUCUGGGGAUUACCGAACAGGAACCUAAUUGAUAUCUCGUUGAAUGAUAUUGAAGGCCCAAUUACAUCUGAUAUCAAAAACGCCAAGUCUCUUACAUACUUAUUUGCAGGAAACAAUCGCUUAUCUGGUGAAUUACCCGCAGCGAUUUGCAACGUUCUUGUCUUGAAAUCCAACAAAUUCCAUGGACCUAUAGGAAAUCAUAACACUAGUGGGGUGUUUUUCUUUAAGCUAAGAAUUCUUGACUUGUCUCACAAUGAGUUUACAGGUCUUUUACCAAGAAAUUAUUUUGAAAAUUUCAAUGCCAUGAUGAUUAAUGAUGAAUGCAGACUUGAACCGCAUUAUAUGGGUGAAAGUGUUCAAUAUUAUAUGUUUCAAAGUGUCCAAAAUCAAGAUUCGGUGGUGCUGACAGUGAAAGGGUUGGAAAUUAAACUACAAAGAAUCCUAACCACCUUCACAACAAUUGAUUUAUCAAGCAACAAAUUCCAAGGAGUGAUUCCAGAAGUACUUGGAAGGCUUACAAUCCUUCGACUGCUCAACCUUUCCCAUAAUAGCCUAACUGGCCAUAUCCCAUCAUCAUUGGCAAAAUUGUCAGCACUUGAAUCCUUAGACCUUUCUUCAAAUAGCCUCACUGGAGAAAUUCCUUUGCAACUAAUAGAUCUAACAUUUUUGGCCAUGUUAAAUCUUUCACAAAACCAGCUUAUUGGACCCAUACCUCAAGGCAAACAAUUUGCUACAUUUGAAAACAACUCCUAUGAUGGAAACCUAGGAUUGUGCGGAUUUCCAUUGUCAAUUAAAUGUAGCACUAAUAAGCUGAUGCCCCCACUACUAGCAUCAAUAUUCCAAGAAGACAACAAUUAUUCUUUUGCAAGAGGAUUUGGUUGGAAGGCCGUGUUAAUUGGCUAUGGAUGUGGAUUCUUGUUUGGAUUAGUUAUGGGAUACGUUGUGUUUAAGAUAGGAAAACCUCAAUGGCUAUUUAUGGAUAUGUUGCUUAAAUCUUCAAUUUUCAAUGCACCCACUGGCAAUUCCAGCGUAAAGUCUUUGUUUGACUCGGUUUCGCUGUAUUUGGUGCCUUCAAAUAAGCAAAUGAGAAUGCCGAUGAAGAUUUUGCAGCGAAAUAAUCAGUACCCAUUUCGGUUAGCGUUGAAUUGCGUAGGUCGUUGUGGUAUCAGGAACUUUUUCAAUUCUAGAUAUCGAGAGGUUGUUGGUAGAGCUGAUUUGGAAUUUGUAGAGUUGAUAAAGCGUGGGAUUGUUUUGGCGGCAAUGAUUUGUGGGGUUUUGGUUUUUGGGUGUAAGAGAGUGUUUGCAAUGGAAGGUGCGGUGAAUGCUGGUUAUGGGGUUAUUGGGCAGAGCAUUCGUUAUUGA